AUGGCUUCCUUUCUUAGCCGAACCCAAGCAUUAUUUCAAUUGCCUCGCUAUGUACCGGCAUUAAUUGCUCGUGCACAAGCCAGCCAAAACGUUCCUCCUACACCAGGCUCUGGUGUACCAUUAUCAGGUAGCACAACAAAGACUGUUUCACAAACAGGCGGGACAAAAAAAGGAGAUUCUUCAGUUCUACCAAAAAGUUCAACCUCUUCCGAUCAUACAAAUCCGACUAAGACGAGUUCCGAUGCGCCACCUCUAGAUCAUGACAAUGUUGAUUUAAAGAAUAAACAAACUUCUAAGUCAACUUCGUCAAGCUCAAGCAAGCCUCCCAAGACAUCGUCUUCAUCAUCAAAUGAUUCUGACAAUAAAACAUCUUUGGAUUCACCAUUUGUGCAAUACGGUACAAUUGUUGUUCUUGCAGUUACUGCUUAUCUUUGUUACAAAAUGAUGAACAAUCGUCGCAAUCAGGACAAAAAUGAUUUGAUAAAUAAUGAACAUUACAAACGAGCAACAGCUGAUUAUCAAUCUGCCAAUAUGCAAGGCACGGAUGUGAAAAAAUAA